CCCGCCCCGCCCCGCGCGCCCGGCCCGGCCCCGGCACCAUGAGCGACCAAGAGAGCACCGAGGAGAUGUCGGCUGUGAAGCCCGACAAGGGCGAAGGCGACGCCAGCAGCACGAGCAGCGCCGGCGGUGGGGACACGCAGGAGUCACAGCCGUCCCCGCUGGCCCUGCUGGCAGCCACCUGCAGCCGCAUCGAGUCUCCCAAUGAGAACUCCAACAGCUCCCAGGGCCAGCAGGGUGGGAGCGGCGAGCUGGACCUGAACGCGGCCGCCGCCCAGCUCACCCAGUCGUCCAACGGCUGGCAGAUCAUCUCGGCAGGCUCCAGCACCCCCACGGGCUCCAAGGAGCCGGGCAGCAACGGCAGCAACGGCGGCGACGCCUCCAAGAGCCGCCCGGUCAGCACCGGGCCCUACGUGGUCACCUCGGCGUCCGGCCUGCAGAACCAGCAGGUGCUGACGGGCCUGCCGGGCGUCAUCCCCAACAUCCAGUACCAGGUGAUCCCCCAGUUCCAGACCAUCGACGGGCAGCAGCUGCAGUUUGCCACCACCCCGGCGCAGGUGAACGUGCAGCAGGAUGCCUCGGGGCAGCUGCAGAUCAUCCCCAGCUCCAACCAGCAGAUCAUCACGAGCCGUGCGGGCGGCAGCAACCUCAUCGCCAUGCCCAACCUGCUGCAGCAGGCCGUGCCCAUCCAGGGCGUGGGGCUGGCCAACAACAGCCUCUCCGGGCAGACCCAGUACGUGGCCAACGUGCCCGUGGCCCUGAACGGCAACAUCACCCUGCUGCCGGUCAACAGCGUGGCCGCCAGCCUGGCCCCCACGUCCCAGACGGGCACCCUCAGCAGCUCGGGCUCGCCGGACAGCAGCUCCCAGCCGGCCACCUCGGGGGCUGCCAGCAGCUCGGGCAGCACGGCCACAUCCCAGGCCAGCUCGGGCGCUUUCUUCACCAACGCCAACAGCUACUCCACCACCACCACCACCAGUAACGUGGGCGUCAUGAAUUUCUCCACCAGCGCCACGGUGGGCACCAACGUGCAGUCACAGACCCCCCAGAGGGCCAGCAGCGUCCCCAGCUCGGACUCUCUGCAGACCCCGGUGUCCGGGGUGGCCCUGCAGCCGGGGCAGCAGAAGGAGGGGGAUCAGAGUCAGCAGUCGCAGCAGCAGCAGCAGCAGCUCCUGAUCCAGCCACAGCUGGUCCAAGGAGGGCAGACGAUCCAAGCCCUCCAGACCACCCCGCUGUCUGGGCAGACCUUUGCCACUCAAGCCAUCUCCCAAGACACCUUGCAGAACCUGCAGCUCCAAGCCGUGCCCAACUCCGGCCCCAUCAUCAUCCGCACGCCCACGGUGGGUCCCAACGGGCAGGUGAGCUGGCAGACCAUCCAGCUGCAGAACCUGCAGGUGCAGAACCCCCAGGCGCAGACAAUCACGCUGGCCCCCAUGCAGGGAGUGUCGCUGGGCCAGACGGGCAGCACCAGCACCACGCUGACCCCCAUCGCCUCCCUGCCCAGCGGCACCGUCACCGUCAACGCCGCCCAGCUCUCCUCCGUGCCGGGCCUCCAGACUAUUAACCUCAGUGCCUUGGGAGCGUCCGGGAUCCAGGUGCACCAGCUGCAGGGGCUGCCCCUGGCCAUCGCCAACGCCCCCGGUGAGCACGGCGCCCAGCUGGGGCUGCACGGCGGCAGCGGGGACGGGCUGGGCGACGAGAGCGCGGCCGUGGAGGAGGGGGAGACCAGCCCCGACCCGCAGCCCCAGCAGGGCCGGAAAACGCGGAGGGAAGCCUGCACCUGUCCCUACUGCAAGGAAGGAGAGGGCAGGAGCUCUGGGGAUCCAGGGAAAAAAAAGCAGCACAUCUGCCACGUGCCGGGCUGCGGGAAGGUGUACGGGAAGACCUCGCACCUGCGGGCGCACCUGCGGUGGCACACGGGGGAGAGACCCUUCAUCUGCACCUGGGUGCUGUGCGGGAAGCGCUUCACCCGCUCCGACGAGCUGCAGCGGCACAAGCGCACGCACACAGGCCCCCACAACCUGACCUGCGUGUCCUACAAGCACCCGAGCGUGCGGGGCGCGCUGGGGGGCGCGGGGGGCGCGGCGGGCGCCGUGCGCUGCCCCCCCGGCCAGUGCUGCGUCGGCAUCUGGAACCGCAGCCACGCUCUGGUGCAGGGAUGGAGGGGUUUGGUCCUGCCCCGGGGGGAUUUUGGAGGCAAAAGGGGUCUGAUCCAGGCCGGGGGCAGGGAGCGGGGGCUGGUCCGGGCCGGGGGCAGGGAGCGGGGGCUGAUCCGGGCCGGGGGCCGGGCCGGGCCGGGCCGGGCCGGGGCCGUUGGGGACCUUCUCCCUCCCCAGCGGCCGCGCUCGGCCUUGGCCUUGGGCAGCGGCUGCGGCGGCGCUGGGGAGGAGCAGCUCGGGGGGACCCCCGGGUCCCGCCUGUCCCCUCCGCUCACCGCACCCCGCGGUGACCGUGCCGCGGUGACCGUGCCGCUGUCCCCAGGCUGCUGGGGAGGCCGGGGGGACGCGUGUCCCUCGGCCACCUGCGCCCCCAGCCCCGCGGGACACCCCGGCAGCUCCGUGCUGCUGUGCCUGUGCCACGGCCACCUCUGCAACGGCAACGCCACCGGGACAGCGGCGGCCACCGGCACGGCCGGGGGGCUGGGGGGGCCCCGCCAGGGCCCAGUGCCCGGCCGGGGGGGGUCCGCGGGGACCCUGUGGCUGCUGGGUGCCAGCCCCCUCCUCAUCCUCCUCAUCUGCCUGGGCGUCCUCGGACUGCGCUGGACAAGGGCCCGCACGGGGCAGCCGCCGCGGGGGGGGCGGAGAAUCGGGGUCCCCCCGGAGCCCCCCAGCCCGGACCUGCCUGCGCUGCACUUCCUGCAGGUGCUGCAGUCCGGGCGCUUCUCGGCGGUGUGGCGGGGCACGCUGCGCCAGCGGCCCGUGGCCAUCAAGGCGUUCGCGGCCGGGGCCGGCCGGAGGUUCGCGGCCGAGCGCGCCGUGCACGCUCUGCCGCUGAUGGAGCACGAGAACGUGGCCAGGCUGCUGGACACCCGCGCGGCCGGACCCCGCGGCCGAGGGGGGCUCCUGGUCCUGCAGCUCUACCCGGCCGGCUCCCUGCGCCACUUCCUGGGGCAGCACGUGGGGACGUGGGCGGGCAGCGUGCGCCUGGCGCUGUCCCUGGCCCGCGGCUUGGCCUUCCUGCACCAGGAGCUGUGGCGUGACGGGCUGUACAAGCCCAGCGUGGUGCACCGGGACCUGAGCAGCCAGAACGUGCUGGUGCGGGAGGACGGCACCUGCGCCAUCGGCGACUUCGGGCUGGCGCUGGCGCUGCCGCCGCGGGCCCAGGACAGCGCCGGCAGCCGCCACGCCGUGACCAUCCGGAAGGCGGGCACCCAGCGGUACCUGGCACCCGAGAUCCUGGACGAGAGCCUGGACCUGCGGGCCUGGGGCCGGGCGCUGCGCCAGGCCGAUGUCUACGCGCUGGCGCUGCUGCUCUGGGAGAUCCUGUCCCGCUGCCAGGCCCUGAGCCCCGGAGCCCCGGUGCCGCCGUUCCGGCUGGCGUACGAGGCCGAGCUGGGCUCCAGCCCCACCGGGGCUCAGCUCCGCCGCUUGGCCGCGGACGAGAGGCGGCGGCCGCUGAUCCCCCCGGCCUGGCACCGCGCCCCGCAGCCCGGGGGGGCGCUGCCGGAGCUGCUGGAGGAUUGCUGGGACCCGGACCCCGAGGCGCGGCUCUCGGCCGAGCGGGCGCUGCAGCGGCUCCAGCGCUUGGCCGCGGGGCCCGCACCGGCCCCGGCGGACCCCGGCCCGGGGGCCGCCCCCCGCCAGGUGCGUGCGGGAAACUGA